AUGCGAGAGUUUUUUGGAGUGCCUGCUGGGGCAAGGUACGGGAGCCGGAGCCGUUCCGGCGCGCCGUGCUCGCAAAAAACGCCCCAAUCCAGCCAAAAAAACGGCCCAGCGAGAAAAACCCCGCCCCGUUUUCGUUUUUAUGCGCGGAGUUCUUCGUCCAGAAGUGCAUCCGCGAGAGUAUAGUAUGCAGCCGUCGAAAAAAGCCGAACGUCCACUCUCCCAGCAUGACCUUACACACAGUCGCAGUGGUCAAGGUAAGGAAUGUCUCGUUUUUUGGGGAAGAGUGCAAGUUUUAUAGUCAUCAGAGGGAAAGGGGGUCUAUUAUGUCAUCAUCAAGAUGACGUGUCCUUUAUGUUGAGGGAUGGGAUACGGUAAUAUGUGUCAUCAUAAAACUACCGUAAUCCUUUGGUCGUUUUCAACUUUUUUUACAAUCGAGAGGGCUUAUUAAAUCUGAAGGGCUUAUUAAUUAAUAGCCUUCUUCUAUCAGUCUUUUUUAACAACCUGUUCCCGUUCUUCCACUUUUCCCCUCUGGCACUUUUUUUGACAGUUUUUCUGUACAUGGAGUUUUGAUUGAAAGACCACCACUUUCUGUCCUCUUCCAGUUUUUAUCUACUGAUCCCGUUCGUACAAAAAGUCUUCUGGUCUUUCACAAUUACUUCCAAGUUUCUUUUAAGUUUUAUUUUUUGGAUAAAGUGGGAGGGGGGCUGGUAGAAGGGAGGAUUUUGGAACGAUGUGAUGUUAAAUAAAGUCAUAUCUAAUACUGGUUUCAGUGAUCUCAUGGACAACCCGUCGACCUCCAAAUCGACCGAUCCUGAGGGUGGGGAAGGUCGGCCGCCCUUACCACCACCCUCCUCUUCUAUUGGAUCAACGGAAAAUCCCAUACAAAGGUAAAAUACGUCAGAAUUUAUCGAUUGGAAUGAACCAGCAAAGUUAAUUGUAUUACCUUUUCAGACUGACAGGGAUGAGAAGUCCGACCAAUCUGUCAGAAUGGCAACUUCAAGCAAUAUUAUUCAAGGCAAAGCUAGUCCAAUAUUAUGAUACUUUUAUCUCCCUCGGGGGCGAUGACAUUGAUCAAAUAAUGGCAAGUGAUGAGAACGAAUUCUUGGAGAUAAUGAGUCUAGUUGGGAUGGCCGAGAAGCCAUUGCAUGUGCGGAGAUUCCAGAAAACAUUAGCGGUAUGUUGUUAACAGUACUGUAAGACAAUGAUUUAUGUCAUCUUUUUCAGGAAUUCUCGGCAGAUCGGCUUCGAUUUUUAAACGAGCAGAUACCUUUGAUCGGGUUCCCACCCAUCCCUCCGACUCUUCUCUCCACUCCAGAGACGUUCUACACCGCUUUCCAAUACCUCAAUCCCUCCUCGUUACCACCAGAUCUCAGUUCCUUCAACAUUACUCCUUAUCUCACUGCCUCCCUUAAAGAACCUUCUUCCAGUGCCAAGAUCUCGCUUCCUCGAUCUGUGAUUCAAUCGCCUUCUUUGUCUUUCGUACCUUCUCCAUCUCAAUUACCUUCCACUUCCAAAGCAAUUUCCCCUCGUCCUCCAUCUCCUUCUAGUCAGAUCAAGCCAAUCCAAUCGUUAGUGAAAGCAGAACCUCAGCCAAGUACUAGUCGAUUAUCAGUUGGAAGUGAGCCUUGGAGAUUAAGUGAUACUCCCAUCUUAACAGAAGACGACAUCAAUAAAAUCAGAAGACAUGUGGAUGAAGUGCUCAGAUUCGAACCAGAACUUGGCCCGAAGCAAAGCAAAAGACAAGUCCAGAAGUAAGCGUUAUACAUUGCUCUCACCACGACCUUAUUCUUCAGACAUCGCCGAUUAAUGGAAGUUAUGAAAAUCCCAGAAUCAGAUCCAACCCGAGAACCCGAAUUCAGAAAAUAUUCAGCCAUCUACGGGAGCUCUAAAAGAAAUCCGGAGAAAGCCCUGACGUUCCACGAAGUUUUGAUUAACGAAGCGGCUUCUCAGAUCUGUCUUCGACGACCUCCGAUGUUAACCAUGAGAGAUCGACUGUUCGCUUUGGCCAGAAGUGCCGUCAGAAAUGCAGGAUUUCCGGGAUUGAGGUUCAUGAGGCCAGAAGAACGGAAGGCCAGAGGAGAAAGGUCGACCACUCCUCAAAGUGGACUCUCCAAUCGGUCUGAAUGGUAAGAAGAAUCAUAUUGAUUAUUUGGUUUAGUUCAACUCCAUGCCCUGAGGAGCUAACCAGAAGUCAUACGGGAAGUGUAGAGCCUUCGGAAGAGACUUCUGGUGCACCAUCUCCAAAACGGUCACGACAAAAAUCUCCUGAAUAA